GGCUGGCGAACCACCAAGCCAGCGAUCAGUCAGCCAGUCAGUCUGUCCGCGGCAUUGCGCUUUCCUAGUCAACUGUCAAUUCGGCAGUGCGCGCUAAGCAUCGAGUGUUUUGAAGAAUUGGAAUUGUUCGAGCACGUAAACAUGAAGCACUUUUCCACAUUUGUCGCGCUUUUCCUCAGCUGCGUGGUUUUCCAUUACCAUUGCCUGGCUCAGCCGGUGGAGCGUGUUGCGGCGGCGGGUAUUGUGAUCGAUGCGGCGCCUUCGGUGGUCUCCUAUCAGGGUUCAUCACAAACGCAUGCGCAUCUCGUAUUGGCGCCCAUGGGUCGUUCGUUGGGCUAUGUGGAACCGUUGGAUGUGAAUCGCACAUUGGCGCGAAACGAACGCUUGGACGAGCGACACGAGGUGUUGGAUAUUAGUCCCGUCUAUGUGCCUGAGUGAAGGGCGCGUGCGCUGUAUGUGGGUUGGAAUAUAUGACUAAUGCGAACUGGUGUAUAUAAACUAUCUAAACGUAUUUAAGUGAGCGCUUGUGCAAUAUGCAUGUGCUAAGUUGUUUGCGAAAAUUCGGCGUUUAACAAUAGCUUGUUGUAUUUCUUAUUUUUGGUAGAUAGUUGUAAAUAUAUAUACAUAUGAAUUGUAUUGUUGAUAUUAUUAACUAAGUGCACUGAGUAUUAGUGAAUGUGGUUUGCUUUAGUAGUUAGCAGAAAGAAGUUUACGAUACGAUUAUUAUUGAAUUAUUUAAGCCGUACAAAUGUGUGAAUACCUGGAAUAAAGAUUAGAUAUGCCCAACAAGUUUUAUUUCGCGAGAAACGACAAUAGUAGGCAAUCAAAGUGCA